AUGAACAGUAAAAAUGUAGCACCAAAGGCUAAUGAUCCAUGGGAUGAUUUCUUUGCACCAAUGUGGGAAUCUACAACGUCAAAGCAACGUACUCGUCCAUCUAACGGUAAAGAUGUACGGGCAGAAAAUGUUAAAUCACAAGGGGAUGCUAACUUGAAGAAAAAGAUUGGAGGAAAUGAGACAGACAAAAAAACUAAGCUACAACGUAAGUUCGAGAAGACAUCAGCUAAUGUCACCAAGGACACAUCGCAUAAAAAUAAUAACGAUGGGUUCAUUAAGAAGUCCAAGAAAAUUUCCGAGCCCACCAAAAUAGUAAACAAAAGUAUCAAUAAAGGUAAAGAUAAUGGAACUAUUAAUCGAUCAAAUGACAUUUUACACAAUGACGUUUCAAAAGCCGAUUCACGAAGAAAGACUACACCGGAUCUUUCGCUCAAGUAUCCAAAGGCUGUACCCUGCUCUCUUGAAGAAAUUUUUGGUGAACCUAUUUUUCCUAAUUCUAAAAAACCGGAUUCAGAUAUUAGAAUGCCUAGUGGCAGUAAAAGAGAAGAGUGUGCUAAAAAACCAGAUCUUGCUAUUAAAAUGGCUAGUGGUAGUAAAAGAGAGGAAUGUGCUAAAAAGCCGGAUCAUGCUAUUAGAAUGCCUAGUGGCAGUAAAAGAGAAGAGUGCGCUAAAAAACCAGACCCUGCUAUUAGAAUGCCUAGUGGCAGUAAAAGAGAAGAGUGUGCUAAAAAACCGGAUCCUGCUAUUAGAAUGCCUAGUGGCAGUAAAAGAGAGGAGUGUGCCUCCGUUUCAACUCGUCACAAGCCUAAAGAUUUAACGCAUUUGAAAACACUUGAAGACUAUCAACGUGAAGCAGAAGCAAUGGGCCAUAAAUUACCCUCAGAUCGAGAUCCCCCAAAUACAACAUAUUAUCCUCGUAUAAAGCGUCUUCUAGAUCCUGCUUCACUUAAAUUACCCAUUACGAACCCUGAUCAUCCUAAGAACGUGAUUAAAUACCUUGCUACAGUGCCACCACGAACAAAUCCUGUUCAAUUAAAUAAGUUAAAACGAGUCCAGAGUUCCAAUUUUGGUACCAACAAAUCCACCUCGCAGAUUGGCACUAAAAGUCAAAUAAAUCGUCCGGUAACUGAGAAGAAAAUCAUUGGUUCAUCCAAAGUGAACUCGGACACUCGCCGAACCUUUUCCAAAUCAAUCUCUGAAUUGCAUAAGACACCCAUUGCUAGGAGUGAAAAGCGUACACCGAGAGAAUUGUCCAUUAUCCGCGAGUCACCACAGGUUAGGGAUAAAAUACAUGUAACACACAAGGAAUCAACAAACAGAAAACGUAUAGCACAUGAAGAAUCUCAUGUUCGAGAUCCUUCUAAUAUUAAAAGAAGAUUGACUAAUAAUCCUACACAACAAAUGAGCAAUAAACGAUCCAUGCAUUUUUCACCUGAGCCGUCCCGUCCCGUUAAACGUCAGCAAAUUAGACAUAACCGUGAAGACAGUAUUGAUGAAAUGAAUGUGUCGUCUAUUAUUCAAUCAAUUUUCAGACCCUCUGCGGUGGAGGUGUUUAGUGAAGAGGCGCGCUCUUCUAAGAUUGGAAGAAAGGAAGAUGAAGAGCAGGAACGGCUUGACCAACAAAGGCGUCUACUUAAGACAAGAAGGCUUAAGUAG